UUUCCUCCCUCAGUCCAAAGACAUGCAUGGUAGGCUGAUUGGCAUGUCCAAAGUGUCUGUAGUGUGUGAAUGUGUAUGUGAUUGUGCCCUGUGAUGGAUUGGCACCCUGUCCAGGGUGUACCCGCCUUGUGCCCGAUGCUCCCUGGGAUAGGCUCCAGGUUCCCUGUGACCCUGAAAAGGAUAUGUGGUAUAGAGGAUGGAUGGAUACUCGUUAAUUCAAACCAAACAACUGGCCACAGCUUAGCCCUGCUUGUGACUGGAAGGUUGUAAGUUAAAAUCUUAGGGCAGUCAGAGUGCCGCUAGUGGGUCUUUGAGCAAGAUCCUUAACCUUAUUCUGUUUGCACUGAAGUUAUAUUCUGUCGUGCUUUAAAGUAUCUUUAGAUAAACAUGACUUUGAAAUGGGUAAAUGUAAACGACCACAGAAAAUAAAUCUGGUAAUUCAGUUUAAAGCCUAGGGGCGGCAUGGUGGCACAGCAGGUAGCGUUGACGCCUCACAGCUUCAGGGUUUCCAGAUUGAGUCUUAUUUCAAUUUACUUUCUGUGUGGAGUUUCUCCCAUCAGUUGUGAAUUACUGUCUCAUGCCUAGUGUUCCUGGGUUGGGAUCAACCAUGACCCUAACAAGGAUACAUCUGGAUAUAAAUGAACGUCUGAACCCUGUGAUAAAAUUUAGCAUUUAUAUUAAAUACAACUGUGCAACUUGAAGUACUGACAUCUUUGUUUGGUUAAAUCAUGGACCCUCAAUGACAAUCAACAAUGAACUAAUCGCAAAUAUGUGUAAACAUGGCAUUUUCUGCCACCGUCUGAUGUUAAUAGAUUUAGCACUAUGUCUGCUAGAAUAGUGUAUGACUAGAUGAGGUGCUGAUGCUAAUUCUACAGGAAAUCAUCCUGAAUAGAUUAGGCACUUCUUUAACGUGAUUGUUCAACCCAUAAGAAGAGUCAAAUUAAACCAAAUUCACAGGUUAGCAAGGCUCAACAAUAAUGCUUAUUUUGUGUAAAAGCAACACCAUUACAUAAACAAAUGUGUUUAAAUUUAAAGCAUCAGUGCUUUUUAAACAUACUAAUGAUUUGUUUUUUAAUCGUUGCAGGGAUGCAUCUCACUCAAGGGAAGCCAAGUGAAUGAGCUUACAGCUAAUCCUGAGGAAGCAGGCCGAUAUCUAUUUGAGAUUGUCCCAGGUGCAGCUGGUGAAAAAGACAAGACCCCUGUGAGCCAUGAGACCUUUUUGCUCAUGGCCAACUCCCAGAAUGAUGUGGACGACUGGGUGAAGGCGAUCAGACGAGUCAUAUGGGCUCCUUUAGGAGGAGGAAUUUUUGGACAAGGCCUGGAGGACACAGUCCAGUACGAAAAAAAAUUUGGUGUUCGACUUGCCCCACUUUUAGUCGAGCAGUGUGUGAAUUUUAUUAGAGAGCGAGGACUCGAUGAGGAGGGUCUCUUCAGGAUGCCAGGUCAGGCCAACCUGGUCAAAGAGCUUCAGGAUGCUUUUGACUGUGGAGAGAAACCUCAGUUUGACAGUAACACUGAUGUCCACACUGUGGCUUCCCUGCUGAAGCUCUACCUCAGAGAGCUGCCUGAGCCAGUCAUCCCCUUCUGCAAGUAUGACGAUUUUCUUACUUGUGCUCAGCUUCUGGCCAAAGAUGAAGAGGAGGGACUACAAGAAUUAGGGCAGCAAGUGAAGACUCUUCCCUCUGCUAACUACAACCUCCUUAAAUAUAUUUGCAAGUUCCUCGAUGAAGUACAGUCACACGCGGGUGAAAACAAAAUGAGUGUACAGAACUUGGCCACUGUGUUUGGACCUAACAUUCUUCGUCCUAAAAUGGAGGACCCAGUAGCUAUCAUGGAAGGAACCUCCUUGGUCCAGCAUCUCAUGACUGUACUUAUCAGCAAACAUGAUCAGCUGUAUCCUGAUCAGGAGCUUGAAGCUCCUGAAGUCUCCAUGGAGGUGAGACCUCAGUGCCAGCACCACCAGCAGUCCAACCUUGUUGGCUGGAUCUCUGAGGAAGAUCUCCAAAGCCUGACACCUCCUGGGAAGAACCCCAACACUAGUGACAACCCCAGCAGCAGUAGUACCUCAUCCCUGGAUGGUAUCCCAGCAGGUCCAUCUCCUAAAUCAGUCUCUCAAGGAAAAGCUGAGACAGCAAUCAGUCCAAGCAAGCAAGCCAAAACAUUACCUUCCUGGAAAUAUACUUUCAAAGGUUCCUCACCACGACAACAACCUGCCAAAACUGCUGGUCCAUCAGCAGAUGUGAGCAAUGUCUCCAGUGGAAACUGGCUCAUGAACGGACUCUCAUCAUUGAGAGGGCACCGUCGUACUUCCACAGGUGAACGUGCAAAGGAUUCUGGGUCGUCCCAAAGACUGUCAACCUAUGACAACGUCACAUACUCGUCAAGCCCUGGAAGUGUUCCCAGUGUAGACAGCUCUCAGUGGUCCACCUUAUCUUGCGAGAUCUCAGUGUCGGGAAGUGACAACGUAGAGGCAGACAACAGGACAGAGUCAGAUGAAAAUUCUGUUGAACCAGAACCGACAAUGGAUGAAGUAAACUACAUAGAGCAAGAGGAUGCUAGUGGCAAUAUGGUGUCAACCUGCAGCAGUGACACCAAUAUAAACAAUGUAGUGCCAGUCAUCACAGUCAUGGCCGAGGAUAAUGAUGAAAGCUCCUCAUCAUUGGUCAGUGUGGUAGCAGCACUGAAAGAGGAACUGCAGAGUCAGAAACUGGUUUAUGAAACCAGAAUCAACAAGCUGGAAGAGUCAAGUGCACUGCUCCAUGUCCAGAUGGAAAGAUUAGAGCAUGACAUGGAACAGGAAAGAAAGAAACAAAGAAUGCUAGAAAUCAAACUGAGGAACUCAGAAAGGGCCCGGGAGGAUGCCGAAAACCGUAAUCGGCUCCUGGAAAAAGAAAUGGAGGACUUCUUUUCUACACUUGGGGAUCUGGCUCUUGGAACAAGAACAAGUGACAUUUAGUUUCUGUGUGUUUAGGGCAUGAUGGAAAUGAUCCACAAACCAAUCUGUGGUAACUGUGGGCAGUACUGUCUCUGCAUUUCCUCAGGUCUCUCUAGAAGUGUGUGGACUGAAAUUCCAUGUUUAUUCCAUGACUAUUUCUCUAACCUCAUGUUACACGAUUGUCUUGACCAGGACCUAAAGGAUGACAGAAUAUGUAAGGAUGGACACAAGGCCUUACUCACCAAGGUCUACAACAUAUCACUGUGGAUGUUAGGGUAGCCAGUUCCUACCAGUAAUGUUAGGCUAUUUAGCCAGUUGUUUACACUUACAGCUGUUUUGUCUGGCUCUUAGUCCAGGUAAAGAGACAGUUCACCAACUAAUGCAACAUCAUCAUUCAUAACCAAAGCCUAUAUAAAUUGCUGGCAUUAUUUGGUUUGGGAACAUAAAGUGUGACCUCUACCCUGGAAGAAAAAAAGUAAGAAUUGUAAUGACAGUGCCUUUGUGGAGAUUUUGUGUUGAAAAACUAUCACCUGGUUUGCUUGACUAGAAUAGUUCCCAGUUUUGGAAUUAAUAUUGGAAACAUUUCAUGUGGUGUAUUAUUAUAUAUUAAAAGGAAAGGCCUUGUGAGAGUUAAAGUCAAUGUAAAACACAUCUUACAUGGGAAAUAUGGGUUAUUCUCAGAUUUUAUGAGAUAUUUAAGAAAGUGAUUAGAGGUUAAUAUAAUGUUAUAAGAAUGUGUUCACUGUGUUGGUUGAUUGAUUUAGAAUUUAGAAUUUAUUUUAUAGUGUGCAAAAUCAUUACAGGGCUGCGCUGUGUAUAUUUCAUGUUGGAUGUGUUCAAAUCAGGCACUGAAGUAAUAAUAUUUGAGUAACACCUAUGAAAGUUGUUACAUCCCUUUAUGUUAUACCUUUAUAUAAAGGAGCGGACAGUGUUUAUAAAUCUAUUGUAUUACAACUGGAAGUGAUAAAUAUGUCACACGGCCAUAUGUGCAAUGGAUGUUUUGUUGCUUCGCAUCCAGUAUUUCUAAUACUUCUAUUAUCUGUUGACCAAAUUACAGUGUGUUCCUCUGGCUUCAGUAGUUUCUUACACUAAAGUCUUUUUCUGGAUAUACUUCGAACAUUUUUUUUUUUUUAAUGACUGUCGAGCAUAUUAGGAUGUCAUACACAAUCCAUCUCAAUGUGCUUAAGUGUUAUUCAUAUUUUUGAAUCGCUGACCAGUUAAUGUGGUGCUAUGUAUCUGUACACAAAUAUGUGCAAUUAAACGGAAAACUGGAAAAUAGAAAUAUUUAUAGAUGUAUUUUUUUAUUUGUUUGUUUGGUUUUUUUUUUUUUUUUUACACAACACUGUUUCUUAAUGGCCAAUAAAAUGUGAGGAUGAAGUAU